GCCACGGUGGGGCUUCCUCCACAGCGGCGUGUGGGGCUGCGAUCCCUGGGUGCAGCCUAGGGCACCAAGCGUGAGAAGGACCUGCUAUUCCCUCAACAGCUGCUGGAGAUGCCGGAGGGCCCAUUGGUGAGGAAGUUCCAGCUGCUGACCUCCCCUUUUGUGGGACAAGUGGUGGCCAAGGUGGGGGGAAGCAGCUGAAAGAUCAAUGUGAAUGACCUGAAUGCCCUGAGGCUCCAGGACUCCCAGUUACGGCUGGUUCUGCACUUUGAGAGCGGAGGCUUCCUUGUUUUCUACAACUGCCGAAUGCAGUGGUGCUCCUCUCCGAGGGCUGAUCCUACUUCUGAUAUACUGUCUGUGGAGUUCCACCGUGGCCAGGCGCUGGAUGCCCUCCGCACACCCAAUCCCAUCUGCUACACCCUCUUAGACCAAAGAUAUUUUUCAGGGCUGGGGAACAUCAUUAAGAAUGAGAUCUUGUACCUGGCCAAGAUCCAUCCGUUAACACACGGCUCUCUCUUGGCUCUCUCGGAUCUGGAACGUCUGCUCGAUUGUGCCAUUCAAUUCAGCUCUGACUGGCUGCACAGCAAGCUGCACGGCAAAGGGCUGCACCCUCAGAUCUACCAGAAGGAGCAGUGUCCCCUCGGGCAUGCAGUGAUGAAGGAAACUCUUGGACCUUCAGGUGGCUUUAAGAGACUUACGUGGUGGUGUCCUCAGUGCCAGCCUGCAGUGCUGUCAGGGGAUGGGGAUCCUUCCCCAGUCACCAAGUGACCUGGCUUUCUGUGUUCCUUCUGUCCUGGAGGGUGUCUAGGUCAUCUCUGAACCAUGCUCUUAGUUGUCCUGAGAAGGUCUUCAUGGUUUCUUUGAAGCUGUUGAGUUUGCUCCUUAGGGACAGUGAGCUGGCAGGGUUAAGUGCUCGGUGGAGGUUCCAGGAAUCGCUGCAGUACUGUAUGCCUCUGGAUGCAAAAAGGAAAGUGGUUGUACAUGUCUAUCGCUUUUUGUCACGGUGACACAACAGCGUAAAUAGUCUGACUAGUUCCGAGGUCUCUUGGUCACCCUGUUCAGACUACAGUGAAUGGAAAGCGUAGGGUGUUGAGCGGGUGAUUACUGUGGUCUGAAGUGACCCUAUCCCUUGAUCCUGGUGCGGGAGCAAUGCCUUACGGUGGAGUUAGCAGAAAGAGGUUUAUCCCUUUCUGCCUAAACAGCUUGAUUAAUUCAGUAUUAGAUAAUCCGGCCUCUGCUUGUAGCUGAAUACCUGUGUGCUGGGCUGCGAUUAGGUGUAGUUAAAAGUGAGUGGCUGUUCCCUCUGUCAGCUCUUACAGGAACAGCUGCCUCCUUCCGUGGGGAGAAAAUAAACCUCGGCAGUGCUUGGGGGAGCUCAUCUCUGCUCUCACAGGUUUCGGUUUUGUGGCAAGCUGCCAAUUCCAGAUCUCCCUGUAAAAAUAAAGAAAUGCUAUGCUUGUGACAGGGAUUGCAUAAAACUCAUGAUCUCCAAGGUAACUUGAAAGCAGAAAGGUUUGGAAAUAGAGAUGAUGUGGUCCCUCCUUUGUUGAGCUGUGUGUCUCUAUGCAGUAGGCAGAAGCUGUUGCUGUCCUCUCUCCCUGGAUCUGGGUUUACUCGAACAAUAGAUUGUUGACUUGAGUGAAAAAUAAAAGCUGGAGUUAGAACUGGUGAUGUUCAGCUUAACCUCAGUGUGUCUUUUCUGGUAGUUUCUUGGUUAAAAACUGAGGUGUCCAGGGAAACUCCAGUGUUUGGUGCUGCCCUUUAGUAUGAUGUACCAACAGCUUUUCUCAGCUGUGUAAGAGUGGCUCAGCAGGAAAACUCUUUCAUGGGAACCGGAUCUAAAGGCGGAUUGCAAAUCAACAGGGAAUGCUGGAGUUAAAUGCUUCCCAAACAAGACUUGCACAGCCUCUCCCCUGUGAACUGCAACGCGCUUGAGUGGUUGCAGGUUAUGGGACUGCUGAAUAAUCCAGUUAAUGGGGUUAUGGUGCCAAAGAAGAUAGUUAAUGUCACUUCUGAGCGUGUCCUGCAGGGUGUUAGCGAAGGCCUGGACACGAGGCAUGGUAUUUUCAGUGCCCUGCUAAACCAAAGAAAACAACCGCCCCAAAAAAAAAGAACCCCCCCAAAAGCUGAACCUCACACCUGGAAGGAUGAGGCAGCAGCUGGGUAUCUGUGGGGGACAGAUGGCAGAGCUAGCGGAGGUCGCCGGGUGAGGUCUCAUGUGCUGACUCACAGCAGGCUGGGACCAUCCUGCUGAGCGAAGGGUGACUCCAGAGGAGAAGUGCCACCAGGGAGAAGGACA